UGUGCGAAAGAACAAGAUGAAGUUCAUUCUUCUAACGUUUCUUCUUUAUCAUAUACGGCUGACAAGUGCAAAGGGAGCAGGUGUGGAUCCUCCAGUAAGUUGCUGUCUUAAGGUGUCAAACACCAAAGUACCAAUUGGAAGCAUUUCGGAUUACAGUAUACAAAAAAGCCCACCAUGUAACAUCAGAGCUAUACGAUUUCACACCAUAAAAAAGAAAACCCUUUGUUGGGGUCCAGAUGAGAACUGGGCUAAAUGUGCAAUGAAAGCAAUAGAUGAAGGAAAGACAAUGAAACCUACCAUAGGAACCACUCUGUGCAGAACAAGUACAUCCACCCGCAUCCCAACUACACCAAUCAAAACACCAGGACCAGAGACUAAGACCAGCACAGAGCUGCGGGUUCGGGAUUAUAAACGAAACUUUAGAAGAAACUCAACUGAGAAAACAAAUAAAGAAGAGCUUUUUACCACAAGAACUGAACCAAUGGAGCACGCCCAACACAGUUCUUCUCAAAUCACUGAGACAUUUCACGUGGAUAAGAAACAGGAGCGCAAGUCAACAAAUCCAACAAAGAUAAUUAAUGACCUAUAUGAAAACAAAUAUAUAUAUACAAAAAUUCACCACUUUUGUUUACAGGAGCAAGAGAAAUAUUCUUACUUUUCUAGACAGCUGAAUAGAGUUGUGAUAGCAGAAUUUCGUCCAAAAAGCUGCUGUCUUGAAGUGUCAAAGACCAACAUACCAGUUGGAAACCUUCUGGAUUAUUAUAUACAAAAUAGCCCACUAUGUCAUCUCAGCGCUAUACAGUUCCUGACCAGGAGAAAUAUAACUAUUUGUUCAAAUCCAGAAGAUAAUUGGGCCAAGAGGGCAAUUAAAGAACUAGAUAGAAUAAAGACAACGAAACCCCCCCUAGGACCCCCUAUUUGCAUAACAAGUACAUCCACCCGCAUCCCAACUACACCAAUCAAAACACCAGGACCAGAGACUAAGACCAGCUCAAGAAAAGUAACAUCAAUCUCAACUGCUCCAUCAACAGUGACCACAUUCAAAACGACAGGAUUACAGACAAAAAUCAGGACGUCGUCCACCAAACCAGCUAAAGUAUCCACAGGGACCUCACAAUCUCCACUGAGUUCUGCAAAACAAUGUACAGAACCAAAUCACUCAACAGAAACAUCACACAAACCAACUGGAAAAGACACAGAAGCGCCACAGACUACCUUUACAUCUACAACAAAGGACAGAACAACAAUGAGGAAAAAACCACUGCUAAAAAUCAUCCAGAGAAAGAGAGGGAAAAGCAAGAAACAACUUUGGAAAUAUCAAAUGAAAAUGGGAUCUCAAGGAUAAAUCAAUGGGACAGUUUUAUUUCUAUAUACCAUACAGUAAGUCAGUCUGAAUGUACUCGCUUGUGAGUUAAAGCACUAUACAGACAUUACAUCAUUCUUGUCCAGGACUGUUUUAAUAAAUAUUCAGUCUUUUCGAUUUAGUUUUUUUUUAAUGGAAUUUCAACCAAUGUUUUGUAUUCUGUGUUUCUGCUGAGAGUGUAAUUUAUCAUAAUUUGCUUUAUUAU